AUGCCGACUCUGCUAUUCACUGUCGGCCCUCCUGGAGUCUCCGCCAUCCACGACCUGUUGACGUGUCUGGCCAAAUUCGACGAAGACGUCUCCCUCGAAGCAACACCUCAAUCUCUUCGCAUCUCUAGUCUGAAUAUCUCCAAGACUGCCCAUGCCGCCUUCACGCUCGACUCCACGUCGUUCUUCAACAAAUACCAUUUCUCCCCUGGACCAAGGAACACAUCUAUAUCUGGCCCGCCUCAGCCGAAGAUUUGGGCCUGCAAGAUCCAGAAUCGGGCUUUACUGGCCAUUUUCAAGCGGAGGCUAGGCGACCAGCGAGACCGAGACACCGGCCUCGAGUCAUGCGACUGCGAGCUCCAGGCGAAUCCAGACCAGGCUGAAUGUCGACUGAUAUUCCGACUCAACUGCCGUCAGGGCGUGGUCAAGACGUAUCGUCUAUUCUACGAGUCUGCGGACAUCCUCCACGCGGCAUUCGACCGUGUCGGCUCGACCAAUUACUGGACGGUGUCGUCACGCACCUUGCGGGAUGUCGUGGAGUACUUUGGUCCCAAGACUGACCAGCUGGACUGGUAUUUCCAGAACGGCAAGGUCACCUUUACAAGCUAUACGGAGAAGAUCCAAAGCGGACGAGAGAUCCUCAAGCAGCCAAUGCACACCUCUGUGGCCUUGGAGAGAAAAGAUUUCGACGACUUCAAUGUCCAGGAAGGCCUACAUAUCGGCACCAUGGUCAAGGACUUUCGGGCCAUUGUAGCCCACGCGGAAGCCAUGCGGGUCCACGUCACGGCAAGAUACUCGCGAGGCAAUCGGCCUCUACAGAUCACUUACGAAGAGAAUGGACUGCUGGCGGAAUUCACCCUGAUGACUAGAGGAAGCGCGAAUGUCCCCACCACUUUCAAUGCGAGCACGCCCGCACGGGAUCUUUCCAUGCGUCCUGUGUCCCGCCCGCCCGAGAGCGAAGCUAGCGCAAUGGCAGGAGGAGCAGACUCUGCUUCCGCGACGGCCGCACCUUCAGCGCAGGAUGCGACAAUGCCUCCUCCCGCCAGAACCACCCUGCGCGACCGCGAUUCCGUUGCCCCAGCGCUUGCGCAGUCCAACUCCGGAGACUCCACAUUGGCCCCUUCCGGAAGCAUCAAUCCAAACAGCCUCUUUAUCCCGGCUGACGAUGACGACCAGCAGUGGGACGCCCCCAACUUCGAGGAAGAGCCUGACAUUGUAACAUGGGAUAACACCACCGACGAGGUGUCUGCAUCGAGCUCUACACGACGCAUCCGCGAUUCGGCACUGCACUCUUUUGCUUCAGUGCAUGAGAGAGAGCAGCGUGCUCCGCUGACGAGGUCGAGGUUCCCACAUGAGAUCGCGCCGACGCAGCGUCUGUCUCAGGUUCGUGGAAUCUUUGAUUGA